GUAGCAACUGCAGAUUGACUUUUUAAUGGACCAUGACGGGCCAUGACGUCAGAAGCCAUCUUCAAAGGACUACGGAUCCGAGCAGAGAACCGGGUUCUACCUUGUACCGGAUUAUGCUGCAUGGGACUCAUCACAAUAACAACACAACAGUUAAAGAUUCUACAUAUCCGUGAUGAGACAAUACACCACUUCCCGGGACAGGGGAGGCUCCUGCGUGGCCUGCUGCCAAGUUUGCGUUUUCGCGUUUACUGCAUUUCUCAUUGUGGCUGAGCGGACUGCGCUGAUCUACUGUUUCGUGUACUACCUGUGGGUGGGGCAUAACUAUUGCUAUGGCCACUGGGCGGGGCUUACAGCCUUGUUUCUCCUCCCUGGAUGGGGCCCCCAGUUGCUAAGUUGGCUGUGGUACCAGGCAGAUGGACGUAUAUGCAGCAAAGAUCUCAAAUGGACUCACAUCCUGCACCUGGGCAUCUUUAGAAGGUUAUGGGAGACUAUGACAUCCACUGGAGAGGAUCGGUGUAGUGAGAUAAUGCAGCAGGCUGAUGUUUCAGCUCUCCGCCUGUUGGAGGCACUGGUGGUAACUCUGCCACAGACUGUCUUGCAGACAUAUGUCCUCAUCUGUACCGAUGUAGGACUCUCUUCACCAGUGUCAGUGUGUUUUGCGGUGUGCCUGCUGUCCCUGGCCUGGGCCUUAGUGUUGUAUGCCAGAGCCUGUUCCCUCAUCAGACCUGGACAUCUCCCCAUGACCCCUGCUGCUAUUGCCUGUAGACUGCUCUGGAGGGUCAGUAUGUUGGGAGCACGUCUCGCCACCCUCACUCUCUUCACACGCCUGUUCCGCCAGUGGGUACUUGGUGUUAUUGGUCUUCACUGGUUGGGUGCUACGUUCUGGUUGGUGUCGCAGCAGAGUGACAUCAUUAAAACGCCAUUGCACUGGCGCCUGUUCAACCUGGUUCUGGGAGCUGUUCACAUCUUCCUCUUCCUCAACGUCAAAGACGGAGCCUCCAGAUGCCGCAUGGCCGGCUUCUACUUGGCCAUGUUUAUCGAGAACGCUCUUCUUCUGCUGGCAGGUUCCGACUUCUUCAGUGUUGCAUCAUGGGAUAGCAUGGGUAUCCCAGCCGCCGUGUUCUGUAGUUUCCUCAUUGGAGUGAUAGCUUUAGUCCUGUACUACCGGUUCCUCCACCCUAAGUCCUUUGAGAUCUUCCAGAGCAUACGUCACCAUGGAAUGGGCGGAGCUUGUGCAGUCCGGGGCUCUUCUCUCUCAUUGGAAGAGAAGAGCCAUCGCCACAGUCAACUUGUGGGUGGCGGGAAUCUGCUGGAGCUCCCUAGCCAAUGGCAGGGCUGGAAGCACCACCACUGGUUGCUGAUUCGCCUAGCCAUGAAGACAGGUGAUGUGGCUAGAAUAAGCCAUGCCUAUGGUGAAGGGGGAUUGGUCAGGCUGCUGGGACUAGAGGAAGAGACUCUGCCAAGGUCCCCAGACAUUCCGCAACGUUCUCUCAACGUUCCACAAGAUUCCCCCAUCGUUCCACAAUCUUCUCCCAUAGUUCCCCAGGUUGACGAGGUCAGACAGGUGGAGGAGGUUAUAAAGGCAGCCCCAGCCAGAGACAUCAUCAGUGAGGUGAGACAGGCAGUGAGACAGGGGGAGGUGAGACAUGUGCUGCCCUCACCCUCUCCCAUCCAGGAAGUCAACCCGCCGCUGGUGGAGGUCCUAGUUGAGGAGGUCAGAGGUCACCUCUCUGAUCCCUCCAACCCGCAAGACGACUCCAGCCCCCCUCAUUCCAGUCCCCCUCCCUCUGAAGAACGAGAUGAGGAAGACUUCCAGAGCGCAACCUACUGCUCCCCCACACCCUCUUCACCCAAGUACCCAGACUACCGCCACAUCGACAGCAACGUGGUCACCUCGAACACCGAAGGGUCAUCUUCUGCGGGGUCACUGGAUGCCAGACGUGAUUCGUCACCAGAGAGAUCACCGUCCCUGCUGUUGGGCAUGGGAAGCCCCCAGCGGAACUUUAACCCCACGGAGUCUGGCACCGCCUUGUACUUCAGCACUGACGCAGUCUCCCCAUCCAGUGGCAGUUACCUGGGCUGGGGCUCUGAGCUGUCGCCCAUCUCCACCUACCGGAGACCCUACCGCAUCAGGGAGCCCCUCUUUACCUCCACCCCCAGACAGGAGCCUCGUGCUGUUCCAGAGGAACCAGGUCCUAGCCCCUCUACCACCGCCACCACCACCACGCACGCUAGAAAACAACUGGUCCAGUUUGUAGACCAUAGAGAAAAAUUGAUCUAAAGGAGGACAAUGGGUGGAGUGAGAUGAUCAGACCUGGUCAAAUACAUGUAAAAUACUCUCAAAUACUUAUUAAGGUGUAUUUGAUUUAGCUUGACCGGGGUGGAGCUGGGUGGGUGAGGUUUACACUUUCGGGACUAUUUAAUUGGUUCCAUUGUACCACUGUUCCAUUCCAUUCCAAGCUAAAUCAAGUGUGCCUAAAGUAUUUAAAAGUAUUUAACAUUAUUGUAUUUGACCCAGGUCUAGAGAUGAUAAAGAACACAAAAUAUAGAGAAUAUGUUACAAGAUAUAUGACGUUAGCCUGAGUGUCAGGCUGGUUCUGUAUUCAACAGUGCUAUUACAAAAUUGUUGUCAUGCCAGACAACUGGUCUAUUACUAGCCAAGGGCUUGUUGACUAAAUUAGAACCAGCUCGGCACCCAGGUUAGCCAGACGUGUUUCACACUAAAUAACAAUAGCUUGUCUUGAGUAUCCAUUUUAAUUAGCCGGUGUGAGGUUGUGAAUCCACAUGUAUCUAUCACACACAAACACACUAACAAGAGAAACUGCAUUGGAAGUAGUCUUUAGUGAAGGAACAGAGGGAUGUCCUUUUGCUCUUAGGCCCUGAUUCAAUCAAUCACAGAUUAAGAAAACUGCACUGUGAGUAUGCUCAGAAUGUCCAUGCAGUAUUAUUUUAAUAACAGAUGCGGUUUCAUGUUGACAUUGAAUGAUAAUGUCCGUGAGAGUAAUGGCGUGUGUGGUGUGUCAGAUUUAACAUGGUUAACGCCUCUGCUAGAGGAUAUACCAUAGAAAUAGAAUCUAAAACUAGAAUCUAAAACUAGAUUAUAUUUCUAUGACAUAGAAAUUGUGAGUGAACCCUCAGUGUGGUUUACUUUAUGCUAUGGAUUGAAUUAGUGCCAUCAUAAAGCGUUAUGAUUCAUCUGUAGGCUAUGAUAGCUUAAGUUGGGGUUUAUUACGGUUUGACAGAGAAGAGAGUUCAUAUGUUUGUCUUUGCUUCUUUCUUUCUUGUAUAUAACUGCAAUAAUUUGAGGCAGUUUGCACUUUUACGAGGUAUUAUGAUAUGAUUGGGAUAAUUGAAGGGGUGCUAAUAGUUAGUCAACGGAGACGCUCUGAUCACAUGUUAGGUUUUACUCUACUAUUAUAGGCUACUGUAUAUACAUUCAUUAUUAUAGUAUUCAAAUGUGAUAUUUAAUCUAAAGGUAACCUAACAAUAAUAGGUCAUGUACGUAAAUACUUUCAUUAUGUGAAAUUUUAACCGAUAUUCUUACUCUUAUUUACAAUUUGUUUACAGCUAGUCCCGACAUGUCAAGCAGACCUUUAAGUCUGAUAGGUACUAGUAUUUAAAUAUAUACAAAAUUAUUCAAAUGCGUUCAGUGUUCAAUUCAUUUCGGUCAGUAUAGGUGCUAUUUCUAAAUCUCGAAUUUACCUCAAAUGGCGAAGAUAUAAGAUCUUUGUGAACCAUUGUCGGGAGAAAUCAUUUCUAUUUCUGUGAGACAGGAGAAAGAUCCAACUAAUCGUAUCUAUUCACGUGGCAUCAAAGCAGACUGUAUCUAUCAGUGUGGAAGUGCCUGAAACAAGCUGCUAGUAGUAUUGAUGAGCUUCCGGAUCCUCUACAGCCUGGUCCUAUUCCUAUCCCUAUCCUUACCUUAGUCCCUAAGGGGGCCCUUUGUUCCUAGAAGGGGCUAGGGAGAGAAAUAGAGCUAGGCCAAUCUAGAGGUUAUAGGUCAUGUGCUGCUAUGGAUGUUUGGAGGUCAGUGUUAUCAGAAUGUUGUCUUUUUUACAUUGUUUUUUACUGUCGUUUAUUUUUUGUUUCAUUGUGUUUAUAGUGAAUUCAGAACUAACUUUGUCCCCAGGCUCAAGAGAGAGAGAGACAGCUCGGGACGAGAUUAGUUCAGAACUAUUGUUUUAUCUCUGUUGAUAUAAAGGGAAUGUGUGAGCUACCUAGAGCUGAGGAAAAUGGUACUACUGCAUGCUCGUCCUUAUUUUUACACAGCCUGUCAAAGACAGUGUACUGUAUCUAAUGAUAGAUGUGAAAAGAGAAAUCACUUACACACACGUUGCAUUAGCCAGCUUUUAGAAUGUAUGUCUAUGCAAAGUUAAUAUACUAGCUAAUAUAGCCUACUAAUAUCAGUAUGGACUUUUAAAUGUAUCUUGUGCACAAACACGCUUUAGAAUGCUAUCUCAAUGCCUGGCUUGAUAAGGAAAUAAUCAGCGCUUGCCUUGUAGAAACGACAGCAUCAGCUGCAAUGGCUGUCAGUCUCAUUGCCUUAUCUGUAUAUGCUCGUCACAAUGAAUGGAAGGGUGCACUUCAAUUUCCAGCUUCCUGCAUUGUAUACAUCUUCUUUUUUUUUUUUUGCCCACAUUUACUGUAUGAAAUGUGUACAGUAGUGUUGUCCAGUAGUGUGAUUCACUGUGUUUUGACUCGGUAAAGUUUUGUAUCUGUACUUGACAAUGUAUUAAUAAGAUCUUGUUGUUGUUGUUGUUAUUAUUGUUACACCAGGUGAACGUGAUGCAUCUGAUUGCCUCAUCUAAUGUCGAUAUUCAAAUAAUAUAAUGGCUAUUCAUAAUUGUAUAAAGUACACCUGAAUAAACACUAGCGUUACCACAAUGGAA